GCUCAGGGCGUAAAACCAACUACGUCCUACAGCUAACAACACUCCGAAUCGGCAGAUUUAUCCAGGCAGCCUUCAACGCACGCGAGAUAAGUUACAAAACAGGACAAAAUGCCUCCCCGGAGACACUAAGGUCGUUGAUUUAGACCGACCGACAGUGUAUAGUAGUUAAAAAAGCUCUUUAAUUUAGUCCUGUAAAGCUACAGUAGCUUACCAAGCUAAUUAGCUAGGGUUUAGCUGCCUGGUGUUAGCCAGCUGUCUAAAUAAGCAGUUUGAAGGAGGGAGUUUGUUGGUGACAGCUCGGCUACUUUUAUUCUGGACAUCCAAACUAAAUAAAGAAGGACAGAGAUGGUGCAGCCGCAGCCUGAUGGCCCCAUGCAGUGGGACAUGUCUGGAGAGGACAGCGGAGGGACCCUGAGGGUCCCACCAGAGCUGGCUAACCAUGCAGUGGUGACCAGAUUGGUAGGCGACAACCAGCAGCUCCGAGAGGCUCUGCAGAGGAGCAACCAAGCCCUGCGCCAGCGCUGUGAAGAGAUGGAGGGAUGGCAGCGGAGGACCAGGGAGGAACGGGAAUUCCUCAGCUGUCGUUUCCAGGAGGCCCGGGCGCUGGUGGAGAGGCUGGCACAGGAGAACCACUCUUUACAGAGCAUGGUGAACGGACCGGGCUCGUCUUCUAGCCACAGCUACGGCUCCAGCCAGGCGGAAGUGUCGGCCGGACUUGCUGCCAGGAACGGACCCCUGGACGAACCCAAGACUUUAGACCAGUGGGAGGGAAAAAGAGUUGAAGAAACAGAGCAGCAAACGCAAACCACGCCACUUCGCAGCUUGCCUGCAGAGGGGGCAAACGAGUUCCUACAUCUGCUGAAGAAACACAAAGAAAAAACAGAGGAAGACAUGAGAGAGCUGAGAAAGAAAAACGAAGAGCUGAAGAAAGAAAGGGACGAGGGAAAAGAAGUUAUAGAUCGACAGCAUCGUUGCAUCGACCACCUGCGGAGUAAACUGUUCCAAACACAGCAGGUAAGCGGCAACGAGGAAGCAGUUCAACUUCGCUCCGAGGCACAGCACACCUCAGACUGCUCUAGUCUGGCUAAACUCACAGAGCAGCUUCAGGCCACACAGGGCAGGUAUCGGGAGCUGGAGGAGAAGCUGGAUUACCUGCAGAAGAGCUCAGCUCAGCGUGACAGAACAGAGGCUCUGCUCAAACAAAAGGACAAGGAAUGUGCCCAGCUGGCCAAGGACUCUGAGGCUCUGAAAGCUCAGGCAACAUCACUGCUGGGCGAGCUGAACGAGAGACAGACCCUGUUGCAGAAAAGCGACGACGAGCGCAAAAUGCUGGAGGAGAAGCUGGUCAGUAAGGUGAAGGCCCUGCAGGUGGCCGAGCGAGAGCUGGAGCAGCAGAGGAAGCAGCAUCACGUGGCCAUGGACAAACUGCUGCUGCAGGUCCAGAGCCUGGAGAACGCCCUGAAGACGGAGAGGCACGUGGUCACGGAGGAGAAGAAAAAACUGUCCCAGCUACAACAUGCAUACACAUGUCUGUUUAGAGACUAUGAUUCCAAACUGAAGAAUGAGGGAGGAGAUCUCUGCAGUAAACUGGAGGAGGCAGAGCGGGCGCUGGCCAUAAAGCAGGACCUGAUUGAUAAACUGAAGGAGGAGGUAGAGCAGCAGAAAGGCUCGCUGGAGACCGUCCCUGUCCUCACUGCACAGGCGGAGAUCUACAAGGCAGAUUUCCUUGCAGAGCGAGAAGCAAGAGAGAAGCUGAACCAGAAGAAGGAGGAGCUGCAGGAACAGCUCACUCAGGCUCUGGCUGAGAAUGACAGGCUGAAGCAGGAUGCCACAUCACGUGCCCGUUUGGAGCAAAUGAAGCUGAAAUACAUGGACGACUUUCCCUCACGGUCCACUCUCAUUCCCCCUCAGCAAGUCGGAGUGUUUCCUGGAGCCGCUUUCAAUACCGUGCCACCAAACCGGAACCAUGUUUUGGCGCCUGUCAACGACCCAGGUGCAGCAGGAGCUGCAGAACUUCCUGAUUUAUGUUGUCCUAAGUGCAACUACUUGGCUCCAGAUAUGGACACAUUGCAGAUACAUGUCAUGGACUGUAUACAGUGAUGCUUUGUGCAAGCAUAGUUUAACACACCGUCAAGUCAACAUACACACACACACACAUGUAGUAUAUUUACUGGUCAUCCAGAAAGUAUUCACUCCCCAUCACUUUUUCAAAAUUUGGUACAUUCACUUUUUCCAAAACCCACCUGAGUACCGUUUUGGUUUUAAGUUUAGGCAAAAUAGCCCAAAAUCAAAAACGGAAGAUGUUUUCCAACAUUUUUGUAAAGUUACAAAAAAUGAAAAAAAAAAUGUAUAAAAAAACAUUCUAAUGGCAUAAAUAUUCACACCCUUUUUAAUGACAGUCAAAGUUGAGCACCUGAUUUCUUCUGAUCAUCCUUAGGUUUCUUCUUCAUCUGAUUGAAGUCCACUAGCAGUAAAUUCAGUUGACUGAACAUGACAUGGUCUGUAGAAGAUCUCACCCAAGCAGUGAGGUAAAAGGAAUCAUCUGUAGACCAUUGAGACUGGAUUGUGUCAAAACAAAAAUAUGAGGAAGGAUAGAAAGAGAUGAGCUAUGAAGAUGGUGGUGUCCAUUAUUUGGAAAUUGAAGAAAUUGUGAUCCUCUUUAGAUCUGGCUGCCCAACCAAACAGAGGGCCCUUGGUCCCAUUGGUUAUGAAGAUAGAUCUCAAGUAUUAACUUGAAAAGGUAUGGGAACGAUCCAUAAAGUCAACCAUUGCUAAUGGUUUCCACCGAUCAGGUCUUUAUGGUGGAGUGACCGCAGAAACAUAGUAGCUGACUUGAAUUUUGCAGAAUCACGGCUAAGAUUAUCAGACCAGGAGAAAUAAAGUUCUCUGGUUAGAUGACACCAAAAAAAGCCUGAACUUACAGUAUCUUAUCAGGAGAAGAACAGGCAUUACUCAUUGCUGACACCAUGAAAUAUCUUGGCAUCAUGCUUGGGGAAUGUUUUUCUGCAGCAGGAACCGACUGACCAGUCAGCAUGGAGAGUAAGAUGACAGCCAUUCAUAUUUCAUGAUUCAUAUUUCACAACAAAAAUGACCUGAAGCAGACAGACAAAAUAAUAAAGGGGUUUACUAUAAGAGAAAUUGGGGAUAUCCCAGAGUGGCCCAGCCAGAGCCUGUGCUUAAAUCCAACUGAACAUCUUUGAUUCGGUGACCUUUCCUGACCCUACCUGACUGAGCGUGGACCUGCAGAGAAGAAUGUUAAAAUGACCCCAAAGCCAGUAUGCAAAGAUCAUAUAGACCUACCCCAGAAGACCUGAGGCUAGGGUCGCUGCCAAAGGCGCUUCCACAAAAUAUUAAGCCAUGUCUGCAAAUAUUUGUCACUAUUAUUUUAAAGUUUACAUUUAAGUAUAAUCACAGAAUACAUUCUGGCAAUGUAAGAAAAUGUGCGGGGGAAAAUGAAUGGGUGUGAAUACUUUCUGGAUCCACUGUACUUUCAGUGUGUCUGCGUCCAGCUCGGGGCACAGCCUGGAAAAAAAAAAAAACAUGUUUGGUUGUUGCACCUUAUUUACUUUCUAUCAUACAAAGAAAAUACUCAAACCUAAACCUGGUUUGGAUCCUAAUAUAUUAAAAUAAGGAGAAGGUAUGUCAAUGCAAAUGAGAAGAUGUCUGUAGUAUUUUCUCUCCUGCUUCCUGACUUCACAUUCUGCUGUCCAUCCACAUAUUUUCUGCCAACUCCUGGUCUUUUGUUUCUCACCACCCCUCCCCGUGCAUUCCCUCCAAGACUCCACAACGGUUUACAUGAUUCAACUUCCCCUUUUCACCUUCUGUCUCUUGUGCAAACAAAUGGGAAACUACAUGCUGUGAAGUACAUGUGUAUACUUUGACAUCAUCAUCCGACAUAUCAGUAUUCAUUGGACCUAAUACUAGAAAAUGUGACGAUUUAUUUUCUUUUAAAAGGAGAAGACGCGUGUAAAAUUUACACGGCGAGCUUUAAAGGAUAAAGAGAAUUCCAGUGUUUUGGAUGUAAAAGUAGCUUUCUGCAUUGACCCAAAACAUGUAUUAGGUGGUAGAGAUGGAUUUGCUCUUGUUGGAAAGAAAAGUAGCCAUUCUCUAUGUUCUGUGCCUGUGUUUUGAUUGUUCUGCUGCUUUAUCUCUGAUGCUAAACCUGACCCUUAACCCAUCAUGCCUCCUGCUCUUAUCCUGUCUUAUCUUUACCUUUCACGCCUGCUCUUUAUCAAUAUGAAUGUAAGCAAAUUAAAGUUCAUUUAUCGUAUUGUGAGAAUAUUCUUUGUAAUCAAAUGUGAUUUGUUGCAAGGAUUCCCAAAAUAAAUCAUUUAUUCAAUUGUC